AUGGGUGCCUAUCUUAGUAAACCAAUAACCGAAAAAAUAUCUGAAUGUGGUGGCAAUGAGCGAAUUUAUUAUGCUGCGACAAGUAUGCAAGGAUGGCGCAUCAAUCAAGAGGAUGCGCAUAAUUGUAUUAUAAAUUAUGAUGAGGAUUCUUCUUUUUUCGCAGUGUACGACGGUCAUGGAGGAAGUGAAGUGGCACAAUACAGUGCACACCAUUUACCAGAUAUGUUGAAAGGAAAUAAUUCAUGGUUUUCGGGUAAUUACGCAAAAGCUAUACAGGAUACUUUCUUGGAAUUAGAUGAAUUAUUAAGAUCCGAAGCAGUUAUGAGAGAAUUGAAGAAAAUGGCAGGUGGUGUAAUACCGAAACGUGAAGAAUUAAGCGAUAUUGACGAAGACAAGCAAGCAUUAUAUGAAGAAGCUGGAAUGCCAAUUGAAACCAUACUGGAGAGAUAUGGAAUUAUUUUACAUCGAGAGCAGAAUGGAAAGCAGGCAGUCAUAGAUCUUGACGAGUUGCGGGCACAGAUUGAACAGCAAGACGGAGGAGAGGAUCAGGUGCAGAAAAUGGAAGAGUCUGAGGAGAAAAUUGAAGAGAACGGAUCAAAAGUAUUGGAACAGGGAGGAAAUCGAAAAGAUCAGGAUAGCGAUACUGUGAUCGAUAAAGAAGUUAAAGCUGAUGAAAAUCAGCUCAGAAAGUCGGAAGAAAAGGGACUGGAAGAAAAAGCCAGAAAACGACCCAGUGACUCCUCAUCAAGUAUCCUGAAAAUGAAACGCACCAAAUCCUUAGAUGAUGUUGAAGAAGACAUAACAGAAAGUCAGAACAAAGCUACACUCUUAGGUAGAUCAGCGGUCGGUGAAACAGUGGCUGUGAUUCAAGAUGAAAGAUGCGAAAGUGCUGGGGAAAGUGAAGCGGUAAAUAGUGAGCCGGAAGUCGCUGGUCCUGCAGAAGUUGAUGCUACUAUAACUUCGAUCGAUUCAGGUGAUGGAGAUGGCUCUCUGCCAUCCGGGGAGAUUCCUCAUCCUUCUGCAACUUUGGAGGGACAAGUUACGUUUUCUUCGGAUUCAGAGUCAGUAGAUGAAGAUUACAAUGCUGACGAAGAAAUGAGUGAUGGUGAAGAGGAGGAGGAAGUGGAUGAUGAGGAAAUUGAUGAUACUGAUCAGGCCUAUUCUUGCCCAUCGGGUGAUACUCCAGGUGAAGAUUCAGGCACGACAGCAUGCGUUGUCAUAGUUUUCAAGGAUAAGGUAGUAGUUGGCAAUGCGGGUGAUAGUCGGGCAGUGCUGUGUCGUGACGGUAUGGCUGUUGAACUGUCGGUUGAUCACAAGCCAGAAGAUGACACAGAGAGGAGGCGAAUUGAAACAGCUGGAGGCGAAAUUAGUAUCGAUGGUCGAGUUAACGGUGGCUUGAAUCUUUCCAGAGCCUUAGGUGAUCAUUUCUAUAAGAAAAAUGCUGCAUUACCAUUAAAAGAACAGAUGAUCUCGGCAUUACCGGAUGUUAAACAGUACAAAAUUUUAGAAGGCGACGAAUUUAUCAUUAUUGCUUGCGAUGGUAUAUGGAAUUCCCUCACUAGUCAAGAAGCGGUUGAUUUCGUACGACGAAGGAUAAAUGAUGGUGUCAAUCUAAAGGACAUCUGCGAACAGAUUUGUGAUCACUGCUUGUCACCAAAUACAGCUGGAGAUGGUACUGGUUGUGAUAAUAUGACGAUAAUUGUAGCACAAAUAUUGCGCUCGGCAACGUCAUCCUAA